UCAAAGUUCCAUUUUUCAUAACAUUUAUAUAUUAAUACAUGGAUAUAUGCGCAAACACACACAUAUACACACACACACGAAAACGACAUCUGUCACCAAUACGCACCGUUCCAAGAUCUGCUUAAACCCCAAACCCCAUCCCGUGUUCUUCUUCCUCCUCCAACGCAGAGAACACAGUCGCAGCGGCCAUGAACAGAUCAAAGGCACUGCUUGCAUCUCUCCGACAUGUCUACUCGUUCAUCUCGACUCGGUCAUUUUCAAUCCGGAAUCAGUACCGCUUCUUUUCUUCGGAACAAAACUCGAUUGCUCAGUUGGUACUCGAAAACGAUUGGUCCAAUGCAUUAGAGGGCGAGUUGGGGAAAUCGGGCGUGUCCCUGAGUCACGAGACUGCAAUCUACGUUCUGAGGAAUUUGGGCAAGGACCCAGAAAAAAGUUUUUGCUUUUUCAAAUGGGUUAUCCGGAAAACAGGGCUUCGUCCGAGUUCUUCGCUAUAUAGCUUGAUGUUGAGGAUUUUGGUGCAGCAUCGGUCCAUGAAGCUGUUCUGGGUUACUCUCAGAGAGAUGAAAGAAGGAGGGUUUUAUUUGGAUGAGGAGACGUAUUCCACCAUUCAAUCUUUUCUUAGGAAGGAGAAAUUGACCAGCGAUUCUGUGGCUUUGACUCAUUUCUUUGAUAGAAUGCUUAAGGAGAAUGCAAUGGAUGCUGUCGUGAAAAGGGUGUCUGAUGUUGUUUCGAGGGCUAAAUGGGGUAGUGAGGUUGAGAGAGAAUUGCAGGAUAUGAAACUCGUGUUGUCGGAUAAUUUCGUGAUAAGGGCGUUGAAGGAACUUAGGGAUCAUCCCUUGAAGGCUUUGGACUUUUUCCAUUAUGUUGGCCGGUUUUCUAGUUAUAGCCACAAUACCAUUACUUACAACGCAAUCUUGAGGGUCUUGGCAAGGCCUAAUUCGGUUGGAGAAUUUUGGAGUUUUGUUGAUGAAAUGAAGAAUGCAGGGCAUGAGAUGGAUUUGGACACUUACAAAAAAAUUUCAAGGCAGUUGCAGAAAUCUAGGAUGAUGGCCGAUGCAGUCAGGCUUUACGAUUUUAUGAUGGAUGGCCCGUUCAAACCAUCUACACAGGAUUGCAUUCUUCUACUGAGGGCAUUAUCAGUCGGUCCUGAUCCAGAUUUGGAUUUGGUAUUUCGAGUAGCAAGAAAGUAUGAAUCAACAGGUUAUUCUCUUUCAAAGGCUUUUUACGAUGGAAUACACAGGUCGUUAACAAGCGUAGGGAUGUUUGCAGAAGCUGAGGAGAUGGUGAAUGCUAUGAAAAAUGCAGGAUACGAGCCCGAUAACAUCACAUACAGCCAACUUGUUUUCGGACUGUGUAAAGCGAAAAGAUUUUCAGAAGCCUGCAAAGUGCUCGAUCAUAUGGAAGCACAAGGAUGUGUUCCUGACAUAAAAACCUGGACAAUUCUUAUCCAAGGCCAUUGCACGGCCAACGAAGUGGAUAAGGCCUUGAUCUGUUUUGAAAAGAUGCGAGAGAAGGGUUUUGACAUCGAUUCGGAUCUGUUAGAUGUCCUGGUAAACGGUUUUCUUUGCCAAAAUAUGAUUGAGAAUGCAUACAAGUUCUUUGUAGAGACCGUGAAGACGGGCAAUGUAAAGCCGUGGCAGGCCACAUACAGGAAUCUUAUAGAGAAUCUGCUAGCAAUCAGGAAAUAUGAAGAAGCAUUGGAUCUUCUUCGGAUGAUGAAGAAGCAAAAUUACCCUGCUUAUGCCAAUCCCUUUGAUCGAUACCUUGCGGAAUUCGGGACUGUGGAGGACGCUAAGGAGUUCCUGAAAGCACUAAGCUCGAAGGAUUACCCGUCUUUUAUUGCAUACCUUAACAUUUUUGAAGCUUUCUUCCUACAGGGAAGACACUCCGAAGCAAAAGAUCUUCUAUACACAUGCCCCCAUCAUAUCAGAACGCAUCCUAAAAUCUCCGAGCUCUUCGGGCCUGCAUGAUGUACUAACCUUCGUUUUGCACAGUUUUUUUUAUUCAUUUGCAAGAUACAUACACCACUCUUGACUGCAACUGUCACAUCUCCAUCUUUAUUGCAUACUCUUUUCUUGGUGUUCUCCAUCAUUCAAAAGUUCAUCCUUCCCGGGCUUAACGUUUUCUGAAAGUCUCCCUGCCGAAAAUCUCAACAUCUUCCUCUGCGUCUGUGGGGUGAACUCCCUGGCAUCCACAUCCAUGCUCUGUUCUCCAAUCCUGGCAUCCACACCGCAUAAGGGUGGAAACACUUGUCAGCCCUAGGAGGUGAUGUCGUAGGCAUCAGAUGUAGUUUUGUUCACCUGUUUCUUGGAAAUCUGAUAAUGGUGUAUUGCAUUGGUGGAUUGGAGCAGGUAGAUCUUGUUUCUAGGCUUGGUGAUGUUGUUGUUGGAUUGUUCUGGAGCAUGAAAAGAAUAUCUUUUCCACUUUAUCCAUGCAAAGGUCAUGGCUUUGGUAAAGAUUGGUAUGUAAACUAUGCUUUUUCUUGAAGGUAUUCAUACUAUCUCAUUUAGCUGCAACAAUAACCCAAAAAAGAGUGAAAGAUGAUGUGAUGAAAAUCACACCACGCAGAAUGUGAGAAAGAUGGAGAGAUAGAGGGAGAGAGAAUGUUACAGUUUCGGACAUGAAGAGACAAUGCCGACGUUUUCCCCCCUGUCAAUACAGUGGCCACAGUCGCGGAAUGGAGGGGAUCAUUAUCGCCAUGGAAGAAGCUGGAUGUGAAGAAAAGGUAGCAACUUUUUUUUCAAUUCUGUCCGUUUUUUUUUGUCUGUCAGAACCAUAAAGAAAGCAAAGUUUCAAUUUUUAUUUAUGAA